CGCCGCCUCCCUCCCUCCCUCCCUCCGCCGCCGCCGCUCGCGAGCCGCCGUGCAGCUCCGGGAACAUGCCAAUGGAGGCUCGCUGACCAAAAUGGCUGGGCGCAGUGAAAUGUGAAAUAUUCUCGCACAGGUUUUUUUUGUAUUCCCCCCUGCACGCCACGCCACGCACGCCACGCGCCGCUGUCACGCAAAAAACGCUUCGCUCCGGUGGAAGAAAAAGUUCCUCCUAUUUAUCCACCAUGUCUGAUUUACUGAGAUAUAUCGACUACGACCACAAAGCCACCUUCCUGAAGAUGCUCAACCAGCAGAGGAUGGAAGGCGAGCACUGCGACGUGGUGGUGGUGGUGGAGAACAUCGAGUUCAGGGCUCACCGCUGUGUCCUGGCCGCCUGCAGCAACUAUUUCAAGAAGCUCUUCAAGAAGCAGAGCGACGAGGACAACUCCAUCGUGGAGCUGGACUUCAUCCGCUCCGACAUCUUCGAGGAGGUGCUCAACUACAUGUACACGGCCCGGCUCGCCGUCAGGAAGAAGGACAUCAACAUGAUGAUGUCGUCCGGCCAGAUCUUGGGGAUCAACUUCCUGGAUAACCUGUGCACCCAGAAGCGGGAGCUGACCAACAUGAAGACCCGGGAGAACCAGGCGCCGGGCGACCACGGGAUGAGAGCUCAGGACGCCAUCCUGAAGGAGCUCGCCAUGGAGGAGGUGAGGAAGAACAGCUUCUACGACCAGGGGAUGGACGGGAUGGGGCCGGGCGGCUCGCACGUGUCGCAGCCACACAACUACAACACCAACAUGAGUAAAGAUCCUCACAGCCACGGCUGGGGCUCCUCCACCUCCAGCGACAUGAAGCUGGAGUACCUGCUGUACGGCCACCGCGACCACGGUUCCUGCCAGAGCACGGGAGCGAAGCCCCUGGACCACAACGCCAAAAAGGAGCGGUUGCUCACCGCCAACCGUCCCUACGCUUGCGAGCACUGCCCCAAAGCCUUCACCACUGCCGCCCACCUCAAGGAGCACCUGAAGAUCCACUCCGGCUUCAAGCCUCACCGCUGCGUCGUCUGUGGCAAGGCCUUCAUCAGGGGCCCGGACCUGAAGAGGCACGAGAGGGUUCACAGCAACGAGCGGCCCUUCGCCUGUCAAAUGUGCGAAAAGGCCUUCAAGCACAAGUCCCACCUGAAAGACCACGAACGGCAACACCGAGGCGAGCGACCGUUCAACUGCGGCUCCUGCGAAAAAGCCUUCAUCAAAGCGUCGGACCUGAAGCGCCACUGGAACACCAUGCACAGCGGGAACCCCCGAAGACAGAUGUCACUGUCUCCCGCUGCCUCCCAGCACGGCCAGGCAGAGCCCGCCGACCAGAGAGACUGGAAAAUGGAGACCGGGCCACAUUCGCACAACUCUGGGGACUGUUGAGCCUGCAAACACACACCAACUGACACACACACACAUACACACACACGCAUAUGCAUACAUGCACACGCGAGACAUGCAAACACACUUACACAACCACGACCCUGUGGCGGGCCGCCGGCCUGGUCACACGGACACUGAUCGGAGUGAGUAACGAGAGAUCAUAGCAUGUUCAUAAGACUGUGGGGCUGUAUUAUUAUUAUUAUUAUUCUGAAAAAAAAAAAAAAAGUUAUGUCAAAAACGAUGUUUUCUUUCCACCUGUAAAAACAUGUAAAUGUUUAGUUCACUCUACGAUACAUAUAUUUUUCACAAAGCAUCGUUGCUAUGUAGACUGAGGGUUCUCAUAACAUUAUUCUCUUUUUACUUUUAUGGGAUAUGUAACAUUUAAAUGUUUGUUUAACCUUUACUGGAUUUUAUGGAGGUAAAAGAGAGCGUUUGGUGGGCGGGGGGGAGAAGAAGAAGAAGAUGUUCUGCAUAACAUUUGUUGCAUUGAGUAUAUUCAUGUGGAUGUUUUUAAAUGGAUGUGUUUAGUCGUAUUGAUUGAUAUUACACUGUAAGAGUCACCAUUUUGCAUUUGACGCAGAUGAUACCAAAGUCUUGGGCCUUCGCCGGAUCGUCUGUGGAGACUGUCCUGCCCAAGCAACCGGCCAACUAGAUUUUACUGUUAUACAGUAUAACUGUCAUCCAGCUAUCAACAGUUAAUGAUAGAUGUCUGUAUAUACUGUAGCUUAGUUUGUUGCACAAUUAGAGUACACAAUAAUGAAUUAUGCACAUAUAACAUUGUCCUACUCCUACACUUUGACAAUAAACACCAUUUGCUGUGUUUUA